AUGAUGCUCUCAUCCGCACAAUCCCAGAGCUCUCCUGCUCCCUCCAACACUGACAGCCUCCCUGAUGAGUCUUCGGCAGAAUGCUCCGCAGGAUUUCUCCGCUGCCCAUCCCUUGACGAGGAUUGCCCUGUUUUCCUCCAGCUUGCUUCCCACCAUGAUAUGCUACACGCCGUCGAGAUCAAAAGAUGUCAAACGUUUGCCAUCCGUCGAUCCUCCCUCACCCUCGGCGACCUCCUUGGCGAGGGAUCAUCUGGCGAGGUCAGGAGCGCCCUCUACAAUGGAAACGAGGUCGCCGUCAAGACCCUGUGCUCGAAGCUCGACGCCCGGUCCGAGGAGGGCAAGGAUCUGCUCAAGGAGAUCAGCAUGAUGAGCUAUGCGUUCCGGCACAAGAACGUGGUGGAGUUCUACGGCAUCUACGAGCACGACGGGCUGCCGUGGCUGUACUACGAGGCCAAGAAGAAGUCGCGACGGGACGGGCGCUGGCGGCCCAAGACGAGGAGGGCAGUGUCGUGGGUGGAGGACAUCCUGAGCGCGCUGGCGUACCUGCACGCGCAGAAGCCGCCGGUGAUCCACCGAGACAUCAAGCCGGCCAACAUGCUGCUGACGGGGGACGGGAGGACGGUGAAGAUCGGGGACUUCGGGCUCAGCAGAAGGUGUCCUCAUGCAGCUGCAGCAUCAGGAAAUUCGUCACCUCCGAGACCAGGCGGAAGUCCACAAGGAGACGCUGGUGGGAUAGAAAUUAGCCUUGACCUUACUGCGACAACGGGGACGUACCGGUACAUGGCGCCGGAGAUCUUCCGGGGAGAGGGUCAGUACACGGCGGCGGUGGACGUGUACUCUUUCUCGCUGGUGAUGUGGUACAUCUUCGCCGGGGAGCAUCCCUUCUGCAACAUCGACGGACACUCGGUGGCCAGCAUGGCAGCAAAGUACGACUUCCGUCCUUCGGUUUUGAGCGAGCGAAUGAUGCCGAGGGAGCUACAAGAGAUGAUGGGGCGAUCAUGGGCGGGGAUGGCAGAGGACAGACCGAGGGCGGCGGAGCUUCUUGAGGAGAUCGAGGCAUGGCGGGGCAGAAAGGCCGCCUGCAGUCUUAGUGGCUAUUUGUCAUGGAGAAGUAGUCCAAGUCCCGGGCCUGGACUAUCAAGAUCAGAGACCUGGUAA